UAUCAGCAUGACUGCGUAAUUACUGGAAUACCUACCGAGUCCGGCAAACCCACACACGUGUGGAGUAGCAACCGAAGUCUAUCUCUGCAUCCUCACCGCGACCUUUUGAGCUCCGCAUGACAAAUGUACACCAUGCAGUCAGCCUCCUCCUCAGAAGGCCGGCAUUUUCCUCCGCUCCGAAACGCACUUCAUCGGCAGAAUAUAUUCGGCCACCACUUGUUCGCUCAAACUUCUAUCCUCGAAAACGAGGACCAUCCCUUUAUGUCUUCCGCCACUUCGGCCGAUGCCUUCCGUCGAGGAAAAAAGAACCGUUUAGGUAGCAGAUCAUUGUUGUUGGAUUCCCUCUUCUCCCUAGCAGCGGCAGCGGCAGCGGCAGCGGCAGCGGCAGCACCAACCAGGCAAGUACCCGUCUUUAUAAGGCCUUCUCCUUUCAUCUUGUCGCCGCGAUCUGGAGGAGCUAGCAUGUAUCCCGCACGCGAACGCGCACGGGCACACGCGCGCCAACGGCACCACCACCCUGCGAGGUAGGGAGUGAGAGACAUGGGUUGCUAUCCUCCCCUGGGCAAGAUCGUGUCCAAAGCGCUCGGAAAAUGCUACGGGCGCGAGAGAUGGAGGGAAGAGAGGAUGGACUACGCCAUGGCCUACCCGCCUGGCCCGCCCAUGGAGACCCACUGCAUGCGCCCAGUGGCGCGCACAGUGACCUUUGCCAGCACCAACUCCGUCUACGUGAUCCCGCCGGAACCGACGCCGCCGCUGCCGCAGUCGAGCCCACCACCACCACCAGAGCACCAUCACCAACAGCCGCAAACACCACCCCAACACGAGCCCGACCACCACCCCGACCCACCCCAACCCCAAGCACAACCCCAACCGGAGCCACCCGCGCAAACGCAGGACGCGCCACCGGCCGAGCCGAAGCCGCCGAAAGGCCCGAAGCGAGGCAAAAACAAGCAGCUCAGUCGCGUCCGGUUCGGCUCCGAACCUCCACCACCGCAGCAGCAGCAGCAGCAUGGGCCGAGCGAAGACAACAGAGGCGACGCGGCUGGCCAGGGCCUGCACGGUCACGGGCCUCACGGCGCAGGGCCGGCGCAGGGGCAGGGGCACCUGUUCCGGUACACGCCGUCGCCGUUGCCGAGGUGGGAGGCGACGCCGAAGCGGCACGAGUACUUCUCCGGGGAGUACAGGAGCUACUACCCGACGCCGGUGCGCGAGGGCAUCUACAGCAUCGCCACUGACGCCAACAGGCUCACCACCAUCUUCAGCGAGGAGAACCCCAACGCCUGCACGAUAGUCUGAAUGCGACGGCGAGGAAUAAACUGUUUCAUUCAUGCAAUCACUUCCCUCUUUCUUUGGUUCUUGGAUCAGUGCAGGAAUCGUGAGCCAAGAAUCUGGUUCUUGUAGGUUUUGUAGAUAAGGAAAAGGAGAAUAGUUUCGAUUCGGAUGAUAUGAUGAGAUGAACAUUCGUUUGUGCGCCCA